AUGAGUCUGAUGCAGGAGAUGGCCACACAGAGACGGUCUGGGCCUCCUCUGUGCUCCUCUGGGGGAGACCUCAGCCCCGUGCUCCUCUGGGGGAGACCUCAGCCCCUUGCUCCUCUGGGGGAGACCUCAGCCCCGUGCUCCUCUGGGGGAGACCUCAGCCCCGUGCUCCUCUGGGGGAGACCUCAGCCCCGUGCUCCUCUGGGGGAGACCUCAGCCCCGUGCUCCUCUGGGGGAGACCUCAGCCCCGUGCUCCUCUGGGGGAGACCUCAGCCCCGUGCUCCUCUGGGGGAGACCUCAGCCCCGUGCUCCUCUGGGGGAGACCUCAGCCCCGUGCUCCUCUGGGGGAGACCUCAGCCCCGUGCUCCUCUGGGGGAGAUCUCAGCCCUGUGCUCCUUCGUGUUAGACCAAUGGAUCAUGCGAAGCUCCUCCUCUGUCCUGAUCCUGUCUCUGAUCUGGGGUUUAUUUAUUAAGUGUGAGCACAGACAACAACACACAGACUGUGUCUGUGAACACAUGGUGGUGUCUGUGACCACAUGA